AUGGAUCCUCGGGGUCCAUACCGGCAGCCGCUGAGCUCCGGCAACCACGCUCGAGAGGCCAAAGGAGGUCGAGAAAGCAGCCAUGAGAGCGACGACCAUUCCCCGAGAAUCGCGCACACAUUGACUGCCUGCUGCAGGUGCCGCCAGAGGAAGACAAGAUGCGACCCGAAUCUACCCCGCUGCCUCCCGUGCGAAAGGGCCGGCGCCGUCUGCGAAUACUUCGAUACUACGAAAGGGAAGAAGAUACCUCGGACCUAUGUGAUAAAACUGCAAGAAAAAGUUCGUAUCUUGGAAGCAGAGCUCAGCCAAUAUACCGAAGAAGAGGGCCUCCCCAAGAAUACCGAAGAUAUUAUGCGCCCUGGGGGACUGGUUCGGCUGGGCGAGGAUGAUGAGACCCCCCGCUUCUUAGGGCCCUCGAGCGGCAUUGCAAUGACGAGAUUGGUGAUGGAAGAGGCAAAGAAGUAUACGGAUUCAAGAACUAUUCGGGAGCUGGUCCCGGAGGUGCGCCAACGGCGACCGCCUGUGCAAUCUCCCGAAUCGGCGACAGGGCGAAAGAAAUCAUAUCCGAUGAUCAGCGCGGUGCCGGCCCCAACAUUACCUAGCCGUUUAGUGACGGACAAGCUAGUUGAGGUCUUCAACCAGAAAGCUCAGUUCUUGACACCCACCUUACACGAGCCAACAUUUGCUCAAGAUUUGCAAGACGUCUACGAUGGAAGUACAGACCCCUAUAAGAACUUCGUUCUCAGGAUGGUGCUUGCAAUCAGCAUGCAAAAACUAGAUACCCAGUAUUCCGGUUUGGCGGAUAGUUACUAUCUCGCUGCUAUGGCAUAUAUGGAAGAUAUUAUUCGUCCAAAGGAUCUCAAGACACUUCAAUGUUUGGUAUUGGUGGCUCAGUACUCUCUACUAACACCGACUCGCACCGCUAUAUAUUAUAUUGUGGGGUUGGCGACAAGACUUUGCCAGCAGCUUGGAUUGUCUGAAGAAAAGACUAUAACUCAAGGGGUUUCUUUACGCUUAGUAAACCCUAUUCAGCUGGAUAUGAGACGUCGGCUAUCAUGGAUAGUUCUCUCCAUGGAGCUGGGUCUCGCGCACACUAUGGGACGUCCUAAUGCAUUUGCUACCGGGGAGGAUCAUUUUGACGUCGAGUUUUUCGAGUCAGUCGAUGACGAGUAUAUCACCGCGGAUGGAAUAUUACCAGGACCGGUCUCGGAAAAGAAGACACGACCUGAACCGAAGAAUGAGGACCAUCCAUGGUAUGCCGAGAUGGAGAAGAAACUCAAGGAUUGGCUCGAUGCUUGCCCUCGAAAUCCCAACUGGAGCAAGUCAUGGUUCACUGGUAGGUAUCACACCAUGAUCGUGUCCCUUCGACGACCGUCGCCGCAAGUCCCAAUACCUUCACCUAUCUCAGCUAUAAUGUGUUAUGAAGCCUCAGCACACAACAUCAAAAGUUCGAGCAAGCAGAUGGAGACUGGCUUGGUCGAUAUUACUUGGAUUUUCCUUUUAGCAGUUUUUCAGUCGCUAAAUACUGUACUCUGGUCAAUCUCAUAUCCAGAGGUUCGCGCAUACAAUCCUAAAGUAGAGGUAGAGGAGAGCGUUGACAUUGCGCUCAACAUCAUCGUCAAUUGUCGGGAACGCUGGCCAGGAACAGCUGCAGCCUCUCAGCUGUAUUCGACACUAUCGAAAGCGUGCCUCAAAAGCUACGAUGUAAACAAUAUUUCGCACCCGCCCUCGUCCUUAUCCGCCAAUUCCCCAUCAUCUCUUACCGAUGCCAACUCACCAUCGGCGUCAGAACACUCCAGCUUGACUCCUGAAUCGCUCGCCCAUUCUCAGAAUACUUUACAUACCUCACCACCUCAAUUUGGAUAUGUCUUCAAUCAAAUGCCUGAACAAAUCCCAUUCGACUACAACAGCAUGCCUCCACCUCAACCUGCUUUCCGAUCGAAUUCUAUUUUCGGUGCCCCAUCUAGUAGACAAUCGGAUCGCCGAUUUAGCUACUUCCCUCCCGAGUUCACACAGCCGCAAAAUCUCUCCAAUGCUUGGAACGCCAUGCCAGAUACUCAAUUGCCACCAUCACAAAACGAUAACCGGGCAGUCGUCCAUCCCCUCGUAGCCGAUGACUCGAACUACACGAUGAACCCUGCCCCGUUCACUUUUGGAACAUACGUCUUUGGACAGCAGGAUUACGACGUCCAUAUGAGGCAAGGAAGUCUCAGUCAGCAGCAGCAGAUUGAGCUCAUGCAGAGUCUGGAGACGGAUGGAUUGACCGAGAUUGAUAAUUUUAUGAAUCAUUCGUCGCAGUAUGAUAAUCUGAACUCUAUCAAGCUUUGA